UGUCAUCUGUGUUCAAAAUUGUUCAAAAUGGCUGAGACAGAAACCGAUAAUAACAGUAUUGUUCGGCCCGAUAAAAAUAAUAAGGGCACUCUGACAAAUAAUGGCCCGCGUCGCGUUACCAUUUACAAAACUGACACCGGUUUUGGUUUCAAUGUUCGCGGUCAGGUUUCCGAGGGCGGCCAGUUAAGAUCGAUCAAUGGUGAAUUAUAUGCUCCUUUGCAGCACGUCAGUGCUGUUCUGGAACAGGGUGCUGCUGAGCAAGCUGGUAUCAGAAAAGGGGACAGAAUCCUCGAAGUCAAUGGGGUGAACGUCGAAGGCGCGACCCACAAGCAAGUGGUCGAUCUCAUCAAAUCGGGAGGUGACUGUCUCACCCUAACCGUCAUUUCUGUCACACCUAAGGAGGCAGAACGGUUAGAGCCAGGCGACGAUGGAACUGCUCCAGUCGGCGUUAUAGGGGGAGCGGCAAAUUCACGAGCGACCGUCUACCAACGAUACGACUACACAGACAAGCGGUCGCUACCCGUCUCUAUUCCCGAUUACCGGAUAGUUAUGGAGCGAAACACGGGACGGUCGUACGUGGCCUUCAAUGUUCAUAUGGCUGGACGACAUUUGUGCAGCCGACGUUAUAGGGAGUUCGCAGCUCUACAUCAACUCCUGAGAAAAGAAUUUCUCGGUUUUAAUUUUCCAAAAUUACCUGGGAAGUGGCCGUUCACAUUAAGUGAACAACAAUUGGACGCAAGGAGGAGAGGUCUCGAACAGUAUUUAGAAAAGGUGUGCGCAGUACGCGUGAUUGCUGAAUCUGAUGCUGUUCAAGAAUUCCUUACAGAUUCAGAUGAUUCCUCGAAUCCAUCGCCAGUUGACUUAAAAGUUCUACUUCCUGAUAAAGAAGUGGUUACGGUUUCAGUAUUAAAAUCAACCAAUGCUGACGAUGUGUAUCGGGCUGUUUGUGAAAAGAUCGGACUCUCGAAGGCCGUGCAAAAGUAUUUCUAUCUGUUUGAAAUUGUCGAGUAUAAUUUUGAACGUAAACUUCAACCAAACGAAUGCCCCCACUCCCUGUACAUCCAGAACUACUCAACGGCGUCCAGCAGCUGUCUGUCGAUACGCAAGUGGCUCUUCAACCCCGAGAGGGAGAUAUCAGUCGUGAAGGAGGACGAAAAGGCUGCGGCUUUUAUAUUCUGGCAGGCCGUGGAGGACGUGAACCGCGGCGUGUGCGUGGCGGGCGCGCGGCUGUACCAGCUGAAGGCGCUGCAGGACGUGCGGCGCGCCGCCGACUACCUGGCGCUGGCGCGCACGCUGCCCGGCUACGGCCACGUGGCCUUCCCGCCCGCGCGCACCGACUGCGGCGCCGCGCCCGCGCUGGCGCUCACGCUGGGCUGGCCCGGCCUGGCGCUGGCCUCGUGGAGCGACGCGGGCGGCGCGGGGCCCGACGUGCGCGUGAGCUGGCGCGACGUGCGCGAGUGGCGCGCCGACGACGCCGCGGCCGCCGCGCGCCUGCUGUACCGCCCGCGCGACCGCCCGCCGCGCGCGCUCGCGCUGCACACGCCCUACUAUCAGUUCCUGUGCAACUGCAUGGACCGAAUAGCGGAGGAAGCGAGCUGGGUCGACACCGGCGAGUAAGGCGUCGGCCCGGAGGAAUCUUCUAGGACGUAAGAUAUCAACGGUAUUACGCCACCGAGCACCGCCAUUUUGACGAGAUUGAUUUCACUCAUUCGACGGAAUGUUGCCGGUAUAAAAAUAAAAAUAUAUAUACUUAUCAAAAUGGCGACGUUAAUCCUAUCUAGUUUACGUAUCGUAUUGAUGUGAUUUGUUUUUAAGUGAUUAUUUAAAAUUGGUAAUGAUUUAGAGGAUUUAUUCGGUAAGGGUUGCCAUUUCAGAACGGAGAUACUGUGAUAGGUUUGAUUUAUCGGGUGGAAUUUGGGAUGUUCACAUUUAUACCCCGAGGCUGGAUUGGAAAUUGAUUCUAUUCGAUUGUUUUGUAUACCUUACAUUUAUAAUAUAAGUCAAUGAAUGAUGUACCGGCUCUCGUGCUACGUUUAUUACGUACUUACAAAUUUUUAUACAUAAUCAAAUAUUAUUAGUGGAAUUUGUAAUCUUUUUCAUAUAAGUUAAUGUAAUACUUAUGUACAGCGUCCUGUGAGCUGAAUUCGGUUUUUUUUAUGAUGUGUUUAGGGCGAUUUUAUAAUUUUAUUGGGAUCAAGGAUAAUUUUAUACGAAUUAUUUUAAAAACUUCCGCACUUGGACAAUUCUUGCGUUCAAUGGACGAUUUUUAUCGAUAACCGUAUUUAGAUAUAUAUAUAUAAAUUUUUAACUGCACUAAUUAAACUUAUUAGCGAAUAUUGCAUCGCUAAUAGUAAAAUUAACGCGUAAUUGAGUGAUAUUCGACGCGUGAUUUAGUUUAAUAAGAUAUUAAUAUUUACAGUUCAAUUUAAAAAAAAUAUAAUUAAAAUAAUUUUACAUUGCGAGAAACUUAAAUUUAAUUUUCGAUUGUUUUAAGAAUCAUUUUAAAGGCUAUUUCGUUCCUCUAAAGCAGAGGUCUUCAAACUAAAGCUAUGGGGUAAACACUAACAGCGACACACGAUAAGAGGCAGUGUGGACCCGGUAUUAGCAAAAAAACUCUUGCGCGUCAUUAGUUUAUAGUAUUUUGGUCUGAUUAAUUACCUCAGUCUUGCUCCUUAGGAUUGUGGAAAUAUGAAGGUGAGGGAAUUGGUGACGUUGAAUUUUCAAGAUGAAUUGGUGACAUUUCCUAUAAUUACUUAAGCUGUCAAAAAGAAAUAUUACAAUUUUGUAUAUAUUUUGGUGAAUUUCAGAACAAUUGCAAGUCGCAAACACAAAAAUGCAUACUGGUGAUGUACAAUGGCGUUAUAAAGUUUGGAGAUUUCUGAUAUAAUUUGAAAAAAAAAAGUAACACCUUGUAAAUAUCUAAUCAUCGGAUAAGAGAUAAAGUCAUAGGGGUUUAGGCCUCCUCUCUUUCUGAGGAGAUGGACCUCCGGUAUAAAAACUUACUUCUCCCUCAAAACAAAAACGACAUUGACUACUUUUCUCCCCAAUACAAUGCCAUCUAUUUUUAAAAUCUCUUCAAUAACAUAAGUCAUUACUAUCAAUUUAGUUUCCAAGCCUAAAGUUAUUAUGGAAUUAAUUUAAUGUAGAAUGAUUCUAACUUAUAUUCAAACAUUUACCGAUACUGGAUACUAGCUUUUAUUAAUUAUUCUUAAAAUAAAUAAUAAUUAUCGUUUAUUUUAACCUAAACGUGUACACUUAUUCAUCAUUGAAGUUUUAUAUUAUUUUCAAUAAAAUAUUGUACAUGUUUUUGUUUAAAAUUAUUUGAUAUAAUUAAAAAAAAUUAAACCUGAAAAUUAAUUGUAAUUAAGGAAAUAUAUUU